AUGCAGCCCGACCGUUGGCGAAAUCAGACAAACCGGACGGUCCUUAUAGAUACCUUGUUGUCUUUCGUGCAAAACACUCACCUGAACGUGGGCGACCGAGCAGAAGUCGUUGGACGCGCGCUUCUCACGGAAGCAUACGAUCGCGCGAUCAUUGCAGAGCACCCAGCUCUCGAAUGGGACGCUACUCACCCGCGUUACCACUUUUCCGUGUAUGGUUGCUCGAACACGGUAUACAAGGGGAUUCUAGAGGAAGAGAAUCGCAAAUACGCUGCUCUGCUUUCUUCUGGGAACACGUUUCACGACCACGGACGCCAGACCGAGGAACAGUUGGCUGAAGUCUGGCGAAUGAAGCCAUCUUGGUCGGCCGCUAUGGGAUCGUACCAUUGGGUCGAGGGAGCCGACAUCAUUUCGAACGUUCUUGACGAAGGAGAUGGGGUUGCCAUUUCACAAUACCCGGGAUACGAGGACGAGAAUUCAGGUUA